GGUCACGUGACGCGCGUGGCGACGUGUCGGCCAUCUUGUGUUGUUGAGGCUGAGGACUGACUUGGGUUCUGAGACUCCCUGUCCCGGACCGCAGAUUUUAGUGGGACCCAGUCUCAUUAGGUUGAAUCUUCAGCCUAUCUUGGUGUUAACCCAGUCUCUUAGAGUGUUAAAAGGAUCUGAACAAAGUCUGCUCAAAUCUCUUGCUGUGAACCAGCAGAAUUUUUGAACAGGUUUCCCCGCAUAUAAAAAUCGAUUGUAAAAAUACUGAAAAGAAUGGCAGCAGAAACGCAGACACUGAACUUUGGACCUGAAUGGCUCCGAGCUCUGUCCAGUGGUGGAAGUAUUACAUCCCCUCCUCUUUCUCCAGCAUUGCCGAAGUACAAAUUAGCAGAUUAUCGUUAUGGCAGAGAAGAAAUGUUAGCACUUUUUCUUAAAGAUAACAAGAUACCUUCAGACCUUCUGGAUAAAGAAUUUCUGCCUAUCCUCCAGGAGGAACCCCUUCCACCAUUGGCCCUUGUACCCUUUACAGAAGAAGAACAGAGAAACUUCUCCAUGUCGGUAAAUAGUGCCGCUGUCCUGCGAUUGACAGGACGAGGAGGAGGAGGAACAGUGGUGGGGGCUCCUAGAGGUCGAAGUUCUUCAAGAGGGCGAGGCAGAGGCAGAGGUGAAUGUGGUUUCUACCAAAGAAGUUUUGAUGAAGUAGAGGGUGUAUUUGGUCGAGGAGGUGGCAGAGAAAUGCAUAGAUCACAGAGCUGGGAGGAAAGGGGUGACAGACGUUUUGAAAAACCAGGACGAAAAGAUGUAGGGAGACCAAAUUUUGAGGAAGGUGGACCAACAUCAGUAGGGAGAAAGCAUGAAUUUAUACGCUCAGAAAGUGAAAAUUGGCGUAUCUUUAGAGAGGAACAAAAUGGAGAAGAUGAAGAUGGAGGUUGGCGACUAGCUGGAUCAAGGAGGGAUGGAGAGAGGUGGCGACCUCACAGUCCUGAUGGCCCUCGUUCUGCAGGCUGGCGGGAACACAUGGAACGACGUCGAAGGUUCGAGUUUGACUUUCGAGAUAGAGAUGAUGAGCGGGGUUACCGAAGGGUUCGCUCUGGCAGUGGGAGCAUAGAUGAUGACAGGGAUAGCUUGCCUGAAUGGUGCUUAGAGGAUGCUGAAGAAGAAAUGGGCACAUUUGAUUCAUCUGGAGCAUUCCUCUCUCUAAAAAAAGUACAGAAAGAGCCUAUUCCAGAAGAGCAGGAGAUGGACUUCCGGCCUGUGGAUGAAGGGGAGGAAUGCUCUGACUCAGAGGGUAGCCAUAAUGAAGAGACCAAAGAACCCGAUAAGACAAAUAAGAAAGAAGGAGAGAAAACAGAUAGAGUAGGAGUUGAAGCUAGUGAGGAAACUCCCCAGACCUCAUCAUCAUCUGCUAGACCAGGUACUCCUUCAGACCAUCAGUCUCAGGAAGCAUCACAGUUUGAGAGGAAAGAUGAACCCCAAACUGAGCAAAUGGAGAAAACUGAAGAGGAGACUCGGAUGGAAAAUAGUCUACCAGCCAAAGUGCCCAGCAGAGGGGAUGAAAUGGUUGCUGAUGUGCAGCAACCCCUGUCGCAGAUUCCUUCAGACACAGCCUCUCCUCUUCUCAUACUUCCACCACCUGUUCCCAAUCCUAGUCCUACCCUCCGGCCAGUUGAAACAUCAGUUGUAGGUGCUCCUGGAAUGGGCAGUGUUUCCACAGAACCUGAUGAUGAAGAAGGUCUCAAACAUUUGGAGCAGCAAGCUGAGAAGAUGGUGGCUUAUCUCCAAGACAGUGCACUAGAUGAUGAGAGAUUGGUAUCAAAACUGCAAGAGCACAGAGCUAAAGGAGUGUCGAUUCCAUUGAUGCAUGAAGCAAUGCAGAAGUGGUAUUACAAAGAUCCUCAGGGAGAAAUUCAAGGUCCCUUCAAUAAUCAGGAGAUGGCAGAAUGGUUUCAGGCGGGCUAUUUUACUAUGUCUUUAUUGGUGAAGAGAGCAUGUGAUGAAAGCUUCCAACCUCUUGGCGAUAUCAUGAAAAUGUGGGGAAGGGUUCCCUUUUCUCCAGGUCCAGCUCCACCUCCCCAUAUGGGAGAGCUGGACCAGGAACGACUGACCAGGCAGCAAGAACUCACAGCCUUAUACCAGAUGCAGCACCUGCAGUACCAGCAGUUCUUAAUACAACAACAAUAUGCACAGGUUUUGGCCCAACAGCAGAAAGCAGCCCUGUCUUCCCAGCAGCAGCAGCAGUUGGCCCUUCUUCUUCAACAGUUUCAGGCCCUGAAGAUGAGAAUAUCUGAUCAGAACAUCAUUCCCUCAGUACCUAGGUCUGUGUCGGUGCCAGAUACUGGCUCUAUCUGGGAGCUUCAGCCAACAGCUUCACAGGCUACAGUUUGGGAAGGUGGCAGUGUAUGGGAUCUUCCUCUGGACACCACGACACCAGGCCCUGCCCUGGAACAACUUCAGCAGCUAGAGAAGGCCAAAGCUGCAAAGCUAGAGCAAGAGAGAAGGGAGGCAGAAAUGAGGGCAAAACGGGAGGAGGAAGAACGAAAGAGGCAAGAAGAACUCCGAAGACAACAAGAGGAAAUUCUUCGGCGACAGCAGGAAGAGGAAAGGAAAAGGCGAGAGGAAGAAGAACUUGCCCGAAGGAAACAGGAAGAGGCUCUGCGUCGCCAGCGGGAGCAAGAAAUUGCAUUAAGACGACAGCAAGAAGAAGAAGAAAGACAGCAGCAAGAAGAAGCUCUUAGAAGACUGGAAGAGAGAAGAAGAGAAGAGGAAGAAAGGCGGAAGCAGGAAGAAUUGCUACGCAAACAGGAAGAGGAGGCUGCAAAAUGGGCCCGGGAAGAAGAAGAAGCCCAGCGUCGAUUAGAGGAGAACCGGCUGCGCAUGGAAGAGGAGGCAGCCAGACUCCGGCAUGAGGAGGAGGAACGGAAGAGGAAGGAGCUGGAGGUUCAGCGGCAGAAGGAGUUAAUGCGCCAGAGGCAGCAGCAGCAAGAGGCUCUUCGGAGGUUGCAGCAGCAGCAGCAGCAACAGCAGCUGGCACAGAUGAAGCUUCCCUCUUCUUCAACGUGGGGCCAGCAGUCCAAUACAACAGCAUGUCAGUCCCAGGCCACCCUGUCGUUGGCAGAAAUCCAAAAACUAGAAGAAGAACGAGAACGGCAGCUUCGAGAAGAGCAAAGGCGCCAGCAGAGGGAGUUGAUGAAAGCUCUCCAGCAGCAGCAGCAGCAACAACAGCAGAAACUCUCAGGUUGGGGGAAUGUCAGCAAACCUUCAGGUACCACGAAAUCUCUUCUGGAGAUUCAGCAGGAAGAAGCCAGGCAAAUGCAAAAGCAGCAGCAGCAGCAGCAGCACCAGCAACCAAACAGAGCUCGUAACAAUACGCAUUCCAAUCUGCACACCAGCAUUGGGAAUUCUGUUUGGGGCUCUAUAAAUACUGGUCCUCCUAACCAGUGGGCAUCUGACCUAGUCAGUAGUAUUUGGAGUAAUGCUGACACUAAAAACUCCAACAUGGGAUUCUGGGAUGAUGCAGUGAAAGAGGUGGGACCUAGGAAUUCAACAAAUAAAAAUAAAAACAACGCCAGUCUCAGUAAAUCUGUAGGUGUGUCUAACCGGCAGAAUAAGAAAGUAGAAGAAGAAGAAAAGUUGCUGAAGCUCUUUCAGGGAGUAAAUAAAGCCCAAGAUGGAUUUACCCAGUGGUGUGAACAGAUGCUUCAUGCCCUUAAUACGGCAAAUAACUUGGAUGUUCCCACAUUUGUUUCUUUCCUGAAAGAAGUAGAAUCUCCUUAUGAGGUCCAUGAUUAUAUCAGGGCCUAUUUGGGAGAUACUUCUGAGGCCAAGGAGUUUGCCAAGCAGUUCCUUGAGCGUCGUGCCAAACAGAAAGCCAACCAGCAGCGUCAGCAGCAGCAGCAGCAGCAACAGCAGCAGCAGCAGCAGCCACCGCCACAGCCGCAGCAGCCGCAGUCACAGCAGCAGGACUCUGUGUGGGGGAUGAACCACAGUACACUCCAUUCAGUAUUUCAAACCAAUCAAAGCAACAACCAACAAUCCAAUUUUGAGGCUGUGCAGAGUGGCAAGAAGAAGAAAAAGCAGAAGAUGGUCCGAGCAGAUCCCAGUUUAUUAGGAUUUUCAGUCAAUGCAUCAUCGGAGCGACUCAACAUGGGUGAAAUCGAGACGUUGGAUGACUACUGAGCGCCUGCCGGUGGACUGGCCUCCCCUCUCCUGUCUGCCGACCAUGGAGCCUCCACCUCUGGACACAACACUUACUCACCAUUUACUCUCUAUCACUCUGCAACAAAUCACAGAACCCAUCAUCUCAGGCUUUUUCUUCUGGCCCUUUGUGUCCAAGAUUCUUUAAUCCAUUUUUGUUGGUGAACAUCUCAGACUAUAGAUAAGCGGACUGGACCGUGUGUCUUGGGGGUGGCAGUUGGGAGUACUCCCCAACAAGGCUGAUUUUAGGCAGCAUGUGUUCACUGUACUGUGAUUUCAUCUACUGUCUCCCAGAAAGUGUGUUGGGAUCAGCCAUUAGCAGCUUGCUUUCUCUUGUCACUUUUUUUCUUCUAUUUUGUUUUUUCUUCUUCUUUUUCCCCCAUCAGGGCAAGAGGUCUAACUGGUGCAAUCAUGAAGAGAGUUAAUGAUUAACAGACAUUGGCCAGCAACGAAACACCCCACGGACUGUGACUCGGGUAUCUAACAGGCAGUCAGAGCUCUCCCAGUCUGAAAGUUGCAUUGCCACUGCUAACUUUGGGAUUGCAUCGAGAGGCCCUGAGUGGGGUUGUGAUGAGGUUGGAUUGGUUUGAUGUUACACACUCCUCACCUGUUCUUUCUGAGCAUCCUUUCUCUGAAAGAAUUUAUGUUUUUCUUCAUUAGAUAGUGACUUCUGAGCAAGCUGAUCUCCCCUGGCAUACUCCAACCUGAUUGGACAAAGGAAGCCCUAUGGCCUGGGAGAGAGACUAUUCUUAAUUUUUCUUUCUUAAAAAACUGAUUUUUCCCAUAAAUAUUUUUACUUCAGAGGACUAGGACCAGUUUGUUUUGGGCCCUUCUGCUGAAAAUUUGUCUCGUUUAAGAGGCAGCUAGGAUCUUUACCAUAUGUAUGAAUUUGUAUAAUUUCAUUUUUGGAUAGGGAUAAACUUUUGCUUCCGAUAAAAGCCUGGAAUUUCAUCUGGUUCCUCAGAGCAUUGCGUGUGUGUCUUGCUGUAGCCUGGAAAAGGUUUUGUUAAAAGAUUCUGGGAUGGCAAGUUGCUUGCCUUUUCUGAAAAGAGAACAUACAAAACCUGACCAUCUUUAAGACCUUCAUCCAUGGAAUCCACUAUACAGGAGGAUGCAGUGGGCUGGAGGGGAUGGGCAGAAACGGGAGCAGGAAGCCUGACCUGGCUUCUUUCUGGUCGUGGCCUCCUAAUACCUUUCACUUCAAGUAGAAAUGUACUCAAGCCCUAUUUAUAAACAAAUACUCUUCCUGCCUCCACCAAACCCCUACCGAAUAUCACCUGGAAUUGCCACUCACACUGGGUUGGAGUCAUUGGGCAGCUGUGCCUGUGCCAGAGGUGCUGUGGUCUGGGCAGCCCCUGGAAAAGCACCUUUGCUUCCUGUCAUUGUUGCCUCAGAAGGCCGGAGUUGCUCUGAGAGCAAUUUGGGUUUGGAGUAUUAUAUUUGGCUUCUAUUUUUAUUAUUUUGGAUCACCAUUAUCCCUAUCCCUUCUUGCCUCCCUCCCUUCAAAACAUGUACAAUAACUAUACAAAGACUGCUACAAAAUUGUAUAUAGUUUUUGGAUCAAAUAGCAUGAGGGGAGAGGAAACCAUUAAAAAAUUAGGGCUCCUACUCUCCUUUGCUUUGUAAAUUCAAAAGUCGGGGGUGGGUAAGAGGGAUAGUUAAAAUGUUUACAAAACUUUAGGCUCCCUCGGAACUUUUGCCAGCGUGGAGGAAAAUAAAAAAGAACUUAAAUAAAACCUGGUUGUAUUCUGAGUGCACCUCUUGUACUCACCUUUAUGGAGACUGAGUUCUGCACUAAACUGUUGCUCUCGGUAUCAUGGAAAAGCUCCAAGCACCCGAGACAUGGAGGCAGUCAUGGCUUCUUUCUCUACCAGACCACACAGAACCGGCUGGUUCUGUAUUUGAGAAUGUAGAGGUCAAGGCAGAUGUAGGUAAGUUAACCAAGUAUCUUUUCUUUUGACUCUGCCUUUCUGCUAACAUGUGGGUCAGCACCUGCCCACAUGCCACAGACACACCCCCUCUGCAAGCACGCCUCCAGAGCCUGCCCACACCUCCCAGCUAGACUCCGUGUGUGUGUUCAGGAAAGAUGAAAAUACAUUUUUAAAAAUUGG